CAGGGGAGUGAUGGAGCAGUGAGAGGAGAGUGUUAGAGAAGAGCCAAAGAUCCUCCAGCUGCUUCAGCAGGACAGACGAGACACUUGUUCCUCCAUCUCAUCUUCUGUGGCGGUUACCAUGGCUUCAGCCCUUGCAUCUGCGCUGAGUGUGAUUCUCUGUGCGUUGGCACUCAUUCUCUACAGCAGUCCGGCGGACGCUCAGGCAGACUGUUGCCUUACGGUUAGCCACAAACCCAUCCCUAAACGUGUCCUCCUCACUCACUGGAAGCAGUUCAGAGUUGACGGCUGCCCCCUAGAUGCUGUUGUAUUCGUAACAAGGAAAGGUUUGAAUCUGUGUGCCCCACCUGCAACAGAAGAGCACUGGGUAAAAGAGACGAUCACGUUUCUGGACACUAGGCUCAAGAAGUGCAAAGAAGAAAAAUUUCAUGAUAAACGCUGUGACGCCCUGAAGAAGUUGUAUUCUUGAGUGAACACAUACACAUACACUUUUAAUGGCAGCUGAUAGAGUCGUUGUGACAUAGCUCACUUCAGUUUCUGUAACACAUUUCGGUUCUUCCUCUUUCAGCAUUUUCAACCUAAAUUAUCAAACCAUUUCAAGUUUUAGCUGCUGUUGUGUGAACAUAUUACUCUUUUUUUAUUACUAUUUUGAUAAUCAUCUUGUUGCGUUUUUAAAGCAAAUAAAUUGGUUGACAAAAA